UAACGCUGCAUUAACGGCGCAUAUUCUCUCUGAGACAAAGAGAGACGAAUCAACUGUAGCAUAUGCUGAUAACGGUUCUGGAACAUUUGCUGUUUUCAGAGGAGCAAUGAGCUGCCAAUACAGUCUUGUGAUGUUAUUCCUCUGUGGCUUCUCUGCUGCACUUGCUGUUUCAGAGAUAUGUAAAGAAGAGCUACUAGAGGGAACGUCCUGCACCAUAAAGCUGCCAACAAAAAAUACUAAUCUAAAAAAUACUUUAGACAAAUCAAAAGAGAUCAAAUGGGUCCAUCUCUCUGGCAGUGGCUUAAUUCACUGGAAAAAUGGGAGGAUGAAGACAAACUCUCUAGAUGGAAAGAUGGAAGAAGAUGGAUCAUUAACAUUUGAAAGUGUUAGUCUGAAGAACACCGGCAAAUAUAAAUACACUGUUUUUAAUGCUGAAGGUUCACAGAUUGAUGUUGGAGAAAAGGAAAUUAAAGUUUAUGCAAAGGCUCCUAAACCUACUGUGAAGAUCAGCUGCAAAAAUGGGAACGCUACUCUCACCUGUGACACUGGAGACCGUACAGAUCUGAAUGUAUCCUGGUACAAAGAAGACAAAAUCAUCCAGAAUGAAAUAAACCCAAAACUGCUCUUGACAUCUGCUCAAGUACAGGAGAAUGAACCGUACUCAUGCAGCGUAGUAAGCAGUCCUGUCAGCAAUGAGCAAAGUGACAACGUUACAGUAUCAUGUCCUACAGGUGAAAGCCCAGGUCCUCAUACAAUCUUUGGCCAUGAUUUCUGGAUAAUGUUGAGCAUUUUAGCAGGUUCAGGAGCCCUUCUGCUGCUGCUACUAUGCGUUCUCAUCAUCUGUGCAUGUCAAAGCUGUAGCCAACACAAGAUGCACCAAAAAGAUGAGAGAGAGUUCAGGCUGAGGAAUCUUCAAGCUCCAGAUUCUACCAAAACAGAUCCAAACACAGCAGAAAUAUCUAAUUAUGAAUGACAAGACAUGAGUGUGCAUACUUCCCUAAACACACAUAAAUCACCUUAUGAAUCUGAAUUGUUCAGACAGAGAGGCCAAAGAGAAACAGAGUCAUAAGAGCUCCAGUUGGGCUUUAGAGGAUUCAUGAUGAGCAGAACUGUGUGGCUGAUGCAGCAUCUGUCAUUCGCAUAUGAGUUAUUCCUGAGAGGAAAACAUAUUUUCAUGUACACUGUAAAACAUGCAGUCUAGAUUUUCCACAAAGAAAUUAAAUAAACUUACUCUCGUAAAUCAUGGGACUUCUACAGCAAGCAGCACAAUAAUCUUAUAGAACAAAAAUAACAGUGACACACUCAGUCAUUUGCAGUCAACAUGAAAUCAUAAUCAAGCCUGUUUCCUUUAUUAACAGAUGUAGUGUCAAUUAUUCAUGGCAUUAUGUUAUUCAUUUCAAAAGGAUUAUGAUAAUAACCACAGUGAUCAAAGAAAUGGUAAUUGCAACGACAAGACUUGUUUAAAUUUAUACUUAUAAAACAAAUCCAGUCCUGUAACACACAUUUAAAUGUAAAUAACAUAUUGCAUUACUGAUUUAUGCCAUAAUUUAGAAAAAAGCAUAUUUAUCUAGCUACAUACAGAUUUAUGUUGUAUGGAGUUUCUUCACUAUCUUACCAUGAAACAGAUCUCUCUCAUAGACCGGUUCACUGGCGUUCUCUAGUGUGCAGGUGUAGAAGUUUUCUGGAUUUCCUUGUUUUUCAGCUGUGAUGAACUCUCCUUUCAGAUGGUGCUUUGAGCCCUUCAGUGUUUCUCCAGCAGAAUUCUUCCAGACGAUUGUUUCGCUGUACUCGCAUAUUAAAUACACAACAUCAGGGUUACUGCUCUUCUCUGUUUUUAUCACAGGUUUAGUGAAAGAAACAAUGAAACCAGUAUGAAAAUCCAGUUCACAGAGAAAAUAAAAUGAAAUGAAAAACAGCUACAGCCUCGGAAAAAGUGUUGUGGCAAUGGUACAAUGAUGGUAUCAGAUACUAACGUUGUUUUACUUUGACACAAACUAUCGCUUACCUAAAAAUCUGUACUAUAAUGCUACAGUGGUUUUAGGACAUGUACCAUAGUACUGUGUUAUUCAUGGAAGUGCAUAUUUCAAAUUACCAAGGUAUUAUUCCUGUAUCUGAAAUUAGCUAUAAACAACUAAAUUAACUGAAUGAUGAUUUUACAGUAUUAAUAUGAGUGAACUGAAUAAAUGUAAUGA